UGUGUAAGCCAAAGUGUUCAUCAGCCUGCAAAUUUAACAGCACGACAACCUCAACAGAUGUUGUCGGGGACAUGCCGCAAUUCCCGUCGUCGUCUUCGCUCAAAAUUAUCCCAGAAUUAGAUGAGGCACACUACAUGCUCUCUCCGCUGGUCCCCGACAUCCCAGCAGCAUAUGAUGCGCCCCACAACAGUAGCGCUGCCGCCUUUGUUGUCCUCAGAGAAGUGGAGUCCAUUGCCAAAAUUGCCCUCCCCACCAUCUUCACCGCCCUCCUCCUUUACUCGCGUUCCAUCAUCUCCAUGCUCUUUCUCAGCCGCCUUGGUGACCUAGCCCUCGCCGGCGGAUCCCUAGCUCUCGGCUUUGCUAACAUCACCGGAUAUUCCAUCCUUUCUGGUUUAGCCAUGGGAAUGGAACCCAUCUGCGCCCAAUCUUUUGGUGCCAAGAGAUAUAAUCUCCUUGGUUUAACCUUACAAAGGGCCAUUCUUUUGCUCUUUCUCACUUCACUUCCGAUAGCUCUUCUUUGGGCUAACAUUAAACCAAUUCUCCUCUUCUGUGGUCAAGACCAAUCCAUUGCCACACAAGCCCAAUCUUAUCUUCUAUACUCCAUUCCUGACCUUUUCAUGCAAUCUUUACUUCAUCCAUUGCGCAUUUAUCUCCGAACCCAAUCCAUAACUUUACCUCUAACCUUUUGCGCCGUUUUCUCUAUUCUUCUUCACCUGCCCAUCAAUUAUUUUCUGGUUACAAAACUUAGUUUGGGCGUCAAAGGAGUUGCUCUUAGCGGGGUAUGGACCAACUUCAAUCUUGUAGCUUCAUUGAUCUUAUAUAUACUUAUCUCUGGUGUAUACACCAAGACCUGGUCUUGGGAAGCAGGAAGCAGAUUAUUGUCCACACAGUGCCUCAAAGGGGCAGGAUGGAAAUGUUUACUGAAGUUAGCCAUUCCGAGCUGCAUUUCCGUGUGCCUAGAAUGGUGGUGGUAUGAGAUCAUGAUUUUACUGUGCGGCCUGUUAUACAACCCCAGAGCCACCGUUGCUUCCAUGGGGAUUCUCAUUCAAACCACUUCUUUAAUUUACAUUUUCCCGUCUUCCCUUAGCUUCAGCGUGUCCACCAGAGUGGGGAAUGAGCUGGGCGCAAGACAGCCAAGAAAGGCCAAGCUGGCCGCCAUUGUGGGGGUUUCGGGAAGUUUCAUACUGGGUUUUGUGGCUCUGUGUUUUGCUGUGUCAGUAAGGAACGUAUGGGCGAGAAUGUUCACGGAGGAUAAGGAGAUUGUAGGGUUGACGUCUGGGGUUUUGCCGAUAAUUGGGCUGUGCGAGCUGGGGAACUGCCCGCAAACAACGGGGUGCGGGGUGUUAAGAGGAACAGCUAGGCCUAAAGUGGGAGCAAAUAUUAAUCUGGGGUGCUUCUAUCUGGUGGGAAUGCCGGUGGCCGUGUGGCUCAGCUUCUACGGCGGUUUUGAUUUCCAGGGGCUGUGGGUGGGGCUGUUGGCGGCCCAGGCAUCAUGCAUGCUAACCAUGCUUGUGGUCUUGCUUCGAACAGAUUGGGAGUUUGAAGCCAAGAGAUCCGUAGAUCAGACUACUACUGGAGCAGCAGUAGUAGUCAUUUGGAAUAAUAAUAUUGGUGAUGGUGAUGAGAGUGAAGAAGAAGCACCGGCAUUUGAUGAAGAAGAAGAUGAUGAUGAUCAAAAUGUCAAACCGGAAAACAAGCUGCAGGAUGAUUAUAUUCUUUAAUUUGUGUAUGUUAAUUAAUUGAAUUAUUGCAUGCGUCCAAGAGGAAGAUGAUCAUAUUCAUAUCCACUUUAAUUUUGAACUUC